AUGCGCCACGGUGCUGGCCCCCAGCCACACCGGGGAGGUCGAAAAAUGCCAGCUUCUCUAAGAAAACUGAAGCAAAUGGCUGUUUUCAUGGGACUGUUCAGCAGCGGGGGAUGCAUCGUGAUGUAUAAUCUUAUGCAAAAGAGUUUUGCCAGGACCCAGUAUUACCAACAGGCUUUGGAGAAAUUGAACAGCAGUCCCGAUGCACUGGAAGCUCUGGGUGCCCCCCCUCUUAAGGUUCACAACAUCCGACUGACGGACAGGAGUAACCUCGUGGAUGCGGAAAGAGCACAGAUAAAGUUACCAGUAUCUGGAACAAAAUCAGCGGGGUACCUCUAUAUUAACUCAGAGAUGGACCACUCCCAUCAAUGCUGGUGCCUUCAGGAUGUCACCUUGAAACUGCGCGAUGGUCAGAAUAUUCCAGUUUACCACUCCCCCGUGGAAAGCAUUGGUGUGCAAGAAGGUUAA